UGCUACUCAAGUAUUGCGAUUCAUAAAAAUUCACGCUUUCCUCGAUCAUCGCGCUAUCUUCAAGAUUCAUAUUAAUCAGCUGUGUUGCUAUUAUCAUGAUAUUGUUAAUAUUCUUGUAGAGUGAAAUAACAACACUGUAUUCGUCGUUUAUAAAAAUAAUGAAAUCUUUGCUCUACGAGCAAUGACCAAUGCUGUUCUUCCAAGUCAAAGGUGGUCGGUAUUUUGCACAACAAAACAAUUCAUCUUUAUGAUAUACUGAAGGACUUGAAACAACAUAUAUAGAUAGUAUUUAGAAAAUCUAUGAAAAUGGAUAGCCUUUUCACACAGAAUAUUUCAGACGAACCAGAGGAUAUACCGCAAACAGAUGAACCGGUUUGGAUUCUUGGAAAAAAAUACAGUGCCAUAAAAGAACUCGACGCAAUUCGUAGGGAUAUAAGGUCCAAAUUGUGGUUUACUUAUCGUAAGGGUUUUGUACCAAUCGGUGGUUACACGUCCACAUUUACAUCUGAUAAAGGUUGGGGCUGUAUGUUAAGAUGCGGACAGAUGGUCCUUGGACACGCUUUAAUUAUAUUACAUUUAGGUAGAGAUUGGCAAUGGACACCAGAAACUAGAAAUAGUACGUACCUGAAAAUUUUGGAACGUUUUGAAGACAGAAGAACUGCCCCUUUUUCUAUUCAUCAAAUUGCAUCAAUGGGAGCUUCUGAAGGAAAAGAAGUUGGACAAUGGUUUGGUCCUAAUACGAUAGCACAAGUAUUAAAAAAAUUAGUUAUAUACGAUGAAUGGAGUUCAAUCACAAUACACGUUGCUCUGGACAAUACAUUAAUAGUUAAUGAUAUUUUAAGGCAAUGUAGAGUAGAAGGAGGUACAACAGCAGAAGCAGAUGGUAAUAUACCAUUAAAAGCACCUAGUCAAUGGAAGCCUUUAUUACUUUUAAUACCUCUUCGUCUUGGAUUAAGCGAAAUUAAUCCUAUCUACAUUAAUGGGCUUAAAAAUUCGUUCAAAAUCCCACAAUCUCUAGGAGUGAUAGGAGGAAAACCCAAUCUCGCGCUAUAUUUCAUAGGAUGUGUUGGAAAUGAAGUAAUCUACUUGGAUCCUCAUACAACGCAAAGAUCAGGUAGUGUUGAUAAAAAAGUGGAAGAAGAUGAGAUCGAAAUGGAUGCUACUUAUCAUUGUAAAUUUGCUAGUCGUAUUCCUAUUACAGGAAUGGAUCCCUCUGUAGCACUUUGUUUCUUCUGUGCAACUGAAAAAGACUUUAAAACUUUAUGUAAAAUUAUUCAAGAAGAAUUGAUAACUCCUGAAAAGCAACCUUUGCUUGAAUUAUGUGCAGAAAGACUGGCACAUUGGUCACCAGCCGAAGAUGUUGCUGCAUCAGAAGCAAUAGCAGCUCCAAGUUUUGUAGAUUUCGAACACAUUGAUCCACAGUAUGAUACAUCUGAUGAAGAUUUUGAAUUAUUAGGUUGACAUUUAAUCAUUAAUUAACAACAGUCUGCGAUAUAAAUAAUAUGUACAUAAUAUCGAGAAUGGUCCAUUCGUACAUAAAAUACAAUUAUUCAUUCAAUAUAUACAUAUAUAUUUUAUAUUAUACAUUUAUAAAAUAUACAUGUGUAUAUACAAAUUUGACUUAAACUAGUACUAUUUCAGUACUAGCAGUUGAAUAAUAAAAUAAUUUAUACCAAAUAAUUCAAAUAUUGUAUAUAUUACUUAUAUUUAAAUUUUUUGGACAUGAGUGAUCUAUGCGUUAUACAUAUAUGUUGUUAAUUCAGUAUCCAUAUACUUUUAAUCUGAAUGACCAUAAAAAUAGUCAAAAACUUUAAAGUUCAAGCUAUAAGGAAAUAUUAGCUUUUAUAUGUAUUUGUAUACAUACAUAUAAUGCAGUAUAUCUUUAUUUUUGUAUAUUAACUAAAUUAAUAUAAACGUAAUAUUUAUGCAUUUACAGGUAGUUAGAUAUUUAUAUUGUCGUUUAUUAUUUACUGAUGGCAAAAUAAGUUGAAAAUCAAGAUUACUCGCGUCCUUAAAAUGCCUUUGCCUUGUGUAAUGAAUAAUAUGUACGAAAAUUUUAAUAUGCACCGAUACAUAUAAUUUCUACUGUGUUAAGAUAAUAGGAUCAAAUUCAAGAGUGUAAAAAUUUAAAUUAACUUUCAUAUGCUAUAUAAUUUAAAACGCGACGGUUAUUUGUGACAUUACAAUAUUUGCACGUUUUAAAUAUUAAUGCCUACAAUUAAAGCGAACGUUAUCAUUAAAAAAGUAUAGUUUUGAUAUUAGUUUAUGCCGUGUACUGAUUACAUUAAUAAUGAUCUAAAAUUAUACAACUAAUUAAAUUAAUAAUAUAAAUAUUCACAAAAUAAUACUUGUAAAAGUUGCAGAGAAUUAAUAGCUAAAAUUAUAUUAUGAAAUAUUUAACUAUAUUUUAUGGUUUACGAUUUAACGAAAUUUAAACAUUUUAUAAGAUAAUGAAGAAAAGCUUUUGAGUGAUACGGUAUUAAAUAUAAGUUGAAUUUACAUUCAAGUUGUGAUAAGAUUUACUGCAAUGUAAUAUAAAUAUAUCUACAUUUUUAUAAUGUUUCUUAAAAAAUAUACAGCGUUUAAAUUUUUUCAAGUACAAUGCAACAGCUGACUAUUUCUUUUACAUUCAGAAUAGAAAAUACAGAAUUAGCAAAAAGCGCCCUCUUGUUUUCAUCGGCCAGCCGUGUAUCUAUGAGUAUUACCAUUUCUGUGCAGAAAAAUCUGCUGUGAUACCGACCGGCCAAAUCGGAGAGGUCACGUGCCUUUAUACAUUUGAUUGAUUAAUAAUGGAUAAUGUAUAUUUAAAAAUUCCAAGUACAAUAGGCGUUGAUUAAAAGUUUUAUUCUAGUAUGUACGUAAUUUUAUAUACAUUACAUAUAUUUAAGUCAUUAUUAUAACAAUAUAUGUAUAAUGUACACACACGAGUAAACAUAAAUUAUGUAUUCAUACUCUGCUAUUCAAACAGAGAAUUCAUUUUAACAAGCGUGUUGAAACUGUAAUUCUUUUUGAUCUUUAUGUAUAGAAAAGUCACAAAUUAUAAAGAUUAUUCAAGAUGUGAUUUUAUAAAAUAUUGAGUGCAAUGUAUAGGAACAAAUCAUGACGAUAAAUAAGAUCAGGACGGUAUAUAAGAUAACAAUAUACUUUUUUCUAACAGAAAAUAGUUGAAUGAUUGAAACAUCUAUUUGUACAUUCAACAAGAGCACAUUUAUAUCUUUCCAGGUUUAUACUUUAGCCG